AUGACUCGUUUACAAGACAAUGAAUCAUUUGCAAACACAAUGAUCAAUCUUUGUCGAAAUAUUCUAAGUAAACCAUCAACAAAUAUACUUUUAAAGAAUAAUGCUAUAGUUUCAUCAUCAUCGUCCUCUUCUUCAUUAUUAUAUAUAUCAAGAUCAUGUACAACAACUGCAUCUGCAUCAACUGCAUCAAAUACAGAUCGAAUUAGACAAACAGUAUGGAUGUUUGGAUCAUGUGCAGAUGGUAAAUUGGGAGUAAAGACAGAAUCACAUAGAUCAAUACCAACCAAAGUGACACAUCUUCCUCCCUUUUUAUCAGUCAAAGAAGGAGGUACUACAUGGAUGUCAUCAUUUCUACACACCAACGACAGCAAGAUCUUUAUGUGGGGAACCAACAAUCACGGUCAAAUGGGUUUACCAGGAAACCAAGUAUACAGAUACCCAACUGAAUCUGAAAUGUUUAAAGGUUUAGACAUUGAACGUGUUGCAUUGGGUAGAUCAUUUUUAUUAAUUUUAACUAAACAAGGAAAAGUAUUAUCAAUAGGAUCAAAUGAAUUUGGUCAAUUGGGAAUAUCAAGUCAAGAACAAAGAGGAAGUCAAACAUUACAAGUUGUACAAAAUCUAAAAGAUGUUGUUUCAAUGCAUGCUGGUUUUGAUCAUUCUUUUGCUGUUACAAAAAGUGGACAUGCAUUUGGAUGGGGAUAUAAUGUUGAAGGACAAUUGGGACAAAAAAUAGUAGAAUAUGAAAGAGUAGAAGCUACAGGAGAAGAAAAACAACAAGAUAUGCAUGAUUUACAUAAAACGAUGCAUCCAGAUGCCGAGUAUAAUACACCAACUUUGGUACCUGGUAUGGAGGCAAUUAAAGUGGCCAAGGUAUUUUGUGGUUAUGAUUGUACAUUUUUACUGUCUGCAAGAGGUAAUGUCUAUGCAAUGGGAAACAAUGAAACUGGUACAUUGGGACUUGGCGAAGAUGCAAUUGGACGUAUUGCAAAAGCAACAAAGGUUCAACUACCCGAAAAGAUAAAAUCCAUUUCAUGUGGUGCAACUCAUUCCAUGUUCCUUUCAGAGAGUAACAAGGUCUAUGUUUGUGGUUGGGGUGCUGAAGGACGUCUUGGUCUUGGCAACAAUACCAUCAAUCGUUAUGUCCCCACCUUGAUCCCAUUCUUUGCUGAAAACAGAAUCAAAGUUGAUCAAGUGUCUUGUGGUGGUGCUCACUCCUUGCUCCUCACAACAGACGGACGUGUCUAUAGUUGGGGAUGUGGUGAAGAUGGUAAACUUGGACACGGAGAUGAAGAAUUAUCAAACGAUCCAAAAUUAAUUCAAUUUUUUGAAAAUAAGAAACCAAUCUUUAUUUCUGCUGGUGUUGAUACUUCAAUGGUUAUAACAACUGAAAAUUAA